UUUUUGCUAGUAAUUUCGUUUGUGUAGGCGAGGAUAGAUUCGAGAGAUUGGUUUCUAAAUCCCUAAACGUAGACAGACUUURCGCUGAAUAUUUUAUAAUUCUUGCAACUUUGUUAUGAUCGACUUGUUGACAAAAGCCUACAAUUUCACCUAAAGAAGCAAUCUAGCUAAAAGCAAGCUUUUAUGAAUUCGUACAUUGUUGUUUUAUCUUAGCUAGCGCAUUGCCAUUAGUUGGUAAGCUAACAUUAGCUCAGCCCGGAUGCGGUGAACUACAACAAGCUUUGGCCUUGGAAGAGUUGAGCAUCGGGCUUGAUUAUGUCAAGCAACCGUCAACAGCAAACUGGCGGUGGAGCAGGUCCUGGGCCUGGAAGUAGCAGCAGUACCGGUGGCACUACCAAUGCUAACGGUGCUACCAGCGUAACGUUAGGCGGCAACGAUAGUGCGAAUGUGAACAAUUCUCCAAAUGUUGUGCCCUCGCGGACUCUGGCAACAGCUGGCGAGGGGUUGCUUGUACCUGGAGUGGCUGUACAGUCUCCAAGAAGCUUAGCCCCACUAAGCAGAUCCAGUUCAUCCUCCUCUGGCACCAGCAGAAAACGUCCUCUCCACCAAGCACCUCUCUACAAUGGUCUCUUGAAUUCCUACGAAGAUAAMAGCAACGAUUUUGUGUGCCCAAUCUGUUUUGAAAUGAUUGAGGAGGCACAUAUGACAAAAUGUGGACACAGUUUCUGCUACAAGUGCAUUCGCCAGAGUUUGGAGGACAGCAAUAGGUGCCCAAAAUGUAACUACAUCAUUGACAAUGUGGAUCAGCUCUAUCCAAACUUUCUUGUGAAUGAACUUAUUCUCAAACAAAAACAGAGAUCAGAUGAAAAACGCCUGAAGAUGGACCAUCCGAAUGGGUCAAGAUGGCARGUGUUCCAAGAUGUCCUGGGCACAGACCAAGAGAACCUAGAUCUUGCUAAUGUCAACUUGAUGCUGGGACUCCUUGUACAGAAAAAGAAACAGCUGGAAGCGGAAUCACAAGCUGCUCAACGUCAGAUCCUAAUGGAAUUCCUCAAAGAAGCAAGAAGAAAUAAAAGAGAGCAACUGGAACAGUUGCAGAAGGAGCUAAACUUUUUGGAGGAGGAUAUCAAGCGUGUUGAGGAAAUGAGUGGACUGUACUCGCCAGUGAGUGACAUGGAUCGUAACUUGGACAGCACUGUACCUAAUUUCGAGGCUCCCUCACCUGCACCCAGUAGUCUUAUAGAUUCUACAGAGUAUGUCAGUCAACCUCCAGGUUUUGGUGGAACUUCACAGGGAAAGAGACAAACAUGGUACAACAGCACUCUGGCUUCUCGGAGAAAGAGGCUCACAGCACACUUUGAAGAUCUGGAGCAAUGCUACUUCUCUGACCGGAUGACGCGGAUAACAGAUGACACCAGGAACUUAAAUCAACUGGAUGAUUUCAUGGAGUGUCUCUCAAAGUUCACACGCUUCAACUCUGUGCGGCCGUUGGCGACCCUGUCUUAUGCUAGUGAUCUCUACAAUGGCUCCAGUAUUGUCUCUAGUAUUGAAUUUGACCGUGACGGCGAUUACUUUGCCAUCGCCGGCGUCACCAAGAAAAUCAAGGUGUUUGAAUAUGGUACUGUGAUCCAGGAUGCUGUGGACAUUCAUUACCCUGUCAAUGAAAUGACGUGCAACUCCAAAAUCAGCUGUAUCAGCUGGAGCAGCUACCACAAGAAUCUGUUGGCUAGCAGUGACUACGAGGGAACAGUCAUCCUGUGGGAUGGUUUCACUGGMCAAAGGUCAAAGGUCUAUCAGGAGCAUGAGAAAAGGUGUUGGAGUGUCGAUUUCAACCUCAUGGAUCCCAAGCUUCUAGCCUCUGGUUCUGAUGAUGCAAAAGUGAAGUUAUGGUCUACCAACCUUGACAAUUCAGUCGCCAGCAUCGAGGCCAAAGCAAAUGUGUGCUGUGUAAAGUUCAGUCCAACGUCGAGGUAUCAUCUUGCUUUUGGUUGUGCAGACCACUGUGUCCACUACUACGACCUCCGCAACACUAAACAGCCCAUCAUGGUGUUCAAAGGCCACAGGAAAGCUGUGUCCUACGCUAAGUUUGUCAACGGAGAGGAAAUUGUAUCUGCCUCAACAGACAGCCAGCUAAAGCUGUGGAAUGUAAACAAGCCCCACUGCUUGCGCUCAUUCAAGGGCCACAUCAAUGAGAAGAACUUUGUUGGCCUUGCCUCCAAUGGAGACUAUGUUGCGUGUGGAAGUGAGAACAACUCUCUGUAUCUAUACUACAAAGGCCUGUCCAAGACACUGCUGACAUUUAAGUUUGACACCGUGAAGAGUGUGCUGGAUAAAGACAAGAAGGAAGAUGACACCAAUGAGUUUGUCAGCGCUGUAUGCUGGAGAGCUAUGCCUGACGGGGACUCAAAUGUGUUGAUUGCUGCAAACAGUCAAGGAACAAUCAAGGUACUUGAACUUGUUUGAAGGUCCAUCAGAUCUUCUCAUCAAAGCCUCUGGAAACUACUGCUCCAUUUCAUGGCCAGUCUGAGUCCGGGGAUUGGAGCAUAGUGGCUUGGUUGAAUGGAAAUUUCGUCAUUCAGGAUCUGAGGAACUGACCAGGUUGGAAAAAUGAACUAAACCGAAGUCCUUUGAUUUUAAUGAGCAAGAAUACUUUGGAAAAGACUUUGAGCGGAUCGUACACUAGUAUUGUGGAUGUAUAUAAUUCAGUGACAUUGAGGAGGGCCUUUCUGCACAAAAGUGGAAGAUGACUCUUUUGAAAUCCUCUUUUUGAAUAAAGUUAUUGACCAAUAGAACAUUUUAACAUGAUUUGAGGUUGAAUUGAAAUGUGUUAUUUUUAAUAAGAACUUGUACAAAUGUAUUUCAGUAGAGGUACAUCCAGCAAGAAGCUACAUUUUAAAGGCCAAAGCACAAGUCAAAACAAAAAUAAAAUGCAAAAUGACUCAUCUUUGUAUGAAUGCUAUUUGAGCCCAUUGUGUCAUCUUCAAUAGUCUUUGUUUUACCCCUAUGUUUGGCCUAUGUGUUUGAUGAUUCAAGGAAUGGCAACACCUUUAAACUGGACUUGUUUUUGUUCUGCAAUKAAGUUUUCAAUGGUGUGGCUUUGCAUCAAGAAUGUUGUUAGGUGUUGACAAUGUUUGAAAACUCAACAGAAGAAUCACUGACUUCGAGACAUUUCACUCAUGCUACAGUAUAUUUCUCUUAUGUCAAAUUAAACUAAACACCUAUUCGAUAAUACAAAUCCUGUCUCAAAUACUUUCAUUUUGUAUUAAGUCAUGAUGCAUGUUGCAACCAAUACACAUCAACACAUGAAAUCAAUUGGAUUUGCUAGACAGCCAAGACUUGCAGUACUUACCUAUUUUCUGAUAAACAACCAAGAUAUGGUAUGAUUUUUUAUUUGUAUAUAUUAAUAAAUUAUUUGCAGAGAAUUUUGUCUUUGCAUUGAGUUAUUCUUGGUUUAAAAAAAGAGCAAAGUAACACUGAAAUUGAGUAGUGUAAUGCCAAAUUAUAGAAAGGUUCUGACUUCGAAGUAACAUCUGUGAUCUUGAUUACUUUGAUACUGUAUCUUCCCAAUUUGUACAGGACAGCUUCCUUGAACAAUCAAUUUACCAUUAAUUAUUUACAGGACUGUUAUCCUUGUCACCCCUUGAGUUCCUAAGUAUUAUUUUCUAUAAUUAGGCAUACCGGUAUCUGAAAUAUAUUCAGAAAAUCCUCUCCUUUUCAGUUUCGGCUUACUUUGACUAUUACACAAUUAUUGUAAUUUGUACGUGUUUAAUUGUACCCCUCAAUUCCCAUAACUUGUAACUGAAAUAAAUAAAUAAACUGAAUGAAAAGCUUC